AUGCAAAGGCGGAAAGUUAAAGCUAAAGAUCAGCCGCCGCCGGAUCCGCACAGAGAGUACUUGGACGCUGAGUCCACCGACGAUGAGGAGAAGCACAUGUACAAAGUUGAGGAUGUCGAGGAGGAGCUCAGGCCUGUUUACGACGACACGGAGCUGUCGGAAUUGGUGAACUGCGUGAAGGAGAUGACCACUCUGAGCGGCAUGCCUGACUCGGACGAUUGGUCGUACUAUACCGAGUCGUUGGUACGGAAGUUCUUUCUGAGCCCAGCGUCCCCGGUGCUCAGCGUGUACCGGAUGUACGGUAGGGUCAUGGCGGCGUUGGGGUUUCCCGUGAUCCCCGUGCAGGAGUUCACCUACUUCGUCAGGGAACCGCAGGAGGUGUUUCGAAUGGACAGCUUCAGAGAUUGCGUGCUGUUCGGCACAGUGAACGACAAGUCGGAGAUGCACGUACUCAGGCUGGUCCGGGACACGCUGGCGCCGAUCUUCUUGCGCAUCGAGACCUGGCCAGACAAGCAAUGUGAAUUUGUAAUUAACAGCGAAGAGAUUCUACAAACUGAAUUAUCUUUACCUGGUCCCACGGUGAACGAUACGGACUUCUACACGAGCGUGGACACGUUCCUGUGCACUCUAACAGACCUGGCGUACAAAAUGCUGGGCUUAACCGUGAUAUACGUACCUCGGGAGGGUGAUGACAUCGUUCUCGGCGACGAAGUCAGCUCUGAUAAGGAGUUGGUCAAGAGGUUCGAGGGUAUGGUAGCCUAUUGGACCACUCAAAUCAGGAUCGCCCUCUCGGACCAGGAACAAGCUACACCCAACGAGUUGCUCUGCCUCGAGGACGAGCAAGAAUUUUGGAUGUAUCGCUACGACAAUCUCUGCGGGUUGAACCAUCAGAUCCAGAGGCCCACCGUGAAGAAGAUAACCGAGUUCCUGUCGAUCAAUCAAUCCACCUACGUUCGGCAAUUCAUGGCGCUGAAGGACGAGAUCGAGAAUGGCGUGAAGGAAGCAAGAUCCAACAUCGAGUACCUGAGCAUCCUGGAGUCCGACUCCGCGGAACUGAACAAAUGCGUGAAACCGUCGGACAUCGAGCAACAUCUGACGAAAAUAAUUCACCUGUUCAGGGUAAUCUGGCUGAACUCGCCGUACUACAACAGCCGCGAGAGGAUAGAGUACCUGUUCAAGGCGCUGAGCAACCAGGUGAUCAUCAUCUGUCGAAAUUACAUCAACCUGAGGGAAAUCUUCGCGGGAAAAACCAGAAAAUCCAUGAAAACGUUGAACGAGUGCGAGAUGGCAUGCGAAAACUACAAAUCGCUCUACAAACAGGUAAUAUUCGCACCUGAGAACUCUCAGAUAGCGUACGCCCACACCACCAUCACGCAUCUACCGUGGGAUUUAAACAUAGACAAUAUAUUCCGUCAUAUUGAUAUUUUCAUCGGCAGGUGCCACGACAUGAUUGAGACCUGUCAGGCGAUGAUCGAUUUUGCCAGAAUGGACGAAACGGUGGACGAUGUGAGACCAAUGUUCAGUGGGACGAAGGGGGAUGAGUACGAGAGGGGGUGCCAGAAGAUCGAGAGACUGUUUCACGAGGCGUUGCAAAAGAUCGAGCAGAUCUCUCACAAGAUCUUCGACGUACACCAGGGUACGUGGCACGAGGACAUAUUCGCCUUCCGUUCGGAGUUAAAGGAUCUUGAGGUCAUGAUCGAGAACCUGGUAACGUCUGCGUUCGUGGGGAUGCACAACGUCCAGGAGGGGAUCGAGAACCUCCAAGGAUUCUACAAUUAUAUGAACCGCGAGAAGCUGAAGCAUCUAUUCGACGUGAAGACAAACGAGAUAUGGAAACUGUUCGGCGACGAUAUCCAGCGAACGAAGCAGGAGGUCCUGGACGAAAGGGAGGAAUAUCCUUCGAUGACGCCGUAUUAUGCAGGCAGGGCGUUGAACCUUCGGCUGAAAGGUGCUCGUCUGCAAUCAACAAGGGAGAUGCUGGAGGAGGCCGCGUGGAUGCCCUACUGCGGCCUCAGCGUGGAGCUCUACGAGCAGCACGAUAUUCUGAUGAAAUCGAUCGAGGAUUUGGUGGCGGAUCUACACAACGAAUGGAUAUACGAGGCCGGCGAGAAUCCACGGGUUCGCCUCGAUCGUUUUCUGAUGCGGCACAGCGACGCGAAGCCCGACUCGCUCGAGUGCAACAUCGACCCGGAUAUUUUAACGUUAUGCCGCGAAUCUGCUUAUUGGAUCAAUCUGAACUUCGCCAUACCGGUCCACGUGCAGAUCGUAUACGACAGAUGGGAGUCACUGUGCUACGUCUACGAGAGCGUCGUGGCUGUAGUCAUCGGCUACAACAAAGUUAUCGAUGCGUUGUCAAACUCGGAACGCGAGCUGUUCCACGAACUAAUUCGCCAGCUAGACAGGAAGAUCAAUCCCGGCUUAGCCAGGCUGACAUGGAACUCGGAAUACGUGGACGCAUACAUCGAGGAUUGCUUUAACCAAACGGCAAAUCUACAAGAAUUCAUCGACGUUUACAAAGACUCGAACUUCGAGAUCAUGAAGAUCACCGAGAACAUCUGCGACACGCCGAUGAUCAAGAUCCGACCGAACUACACGUACACGCUGAGGGAGCUGGAACAGGAAUUGCUGAGGGUGAGGAACGCGACCUUCGAGGACAUAUUGAGCAAAUACAAGACGAUCGUUCAGCACGUCCUGGUCGUCUACGAUGGAUUCAAGGAGGUCAUCGCAGAAUGUCUGCAAGAAUGGAAGAACUACCUGAUCAGGAUCGACGUGGUGAUCGCGGAGUCCCUCAGGCUGUGUCUCGGAGGAUCCUUGGAGGCCAUGUACACGGCCCUCCACGGGGAUGGAACCACCCCUCCAUCGCCUUUCAUUCUAAUGCACGCUGACCUCGUCGAUAAUAAGAUAACUUUCACACCGAACCUGAUGGACAUUUCGUCGGUGAUCUCGGUGGUCUUCGACAACCUGCUGGAGCCAGUACAACAGGUUCAUCCACUGGUGAACAGGUUCAAGUUCUACGAGCCGAUCCAAAAGUUCUGGAUGAGCUUCGAGAAGAACGCAGAGCUCCUCGACCUGCAACAAAAGCUCAACGACGAGGUCAGUUUCUGCUUUGUUCAGAUACAAAAUUAUCUGAAGAGCUGGGAACCGUUCCAGGAAGUGUGGGAGGUGAACAGGGACAUGUACAUUCAGAGAUAUGAGAAGCUGAGGCCCACGGCUGAGUCUUACGAUGGCGACAUCGCCAAGUACAGUUUGAUAGCCAACAACGUCCAGAUGCAGGAAACUGUGAUGACUGUACACUUCCUCGACGUGAACGCUGAUAGGUUGAAGGGCGCGAUCAUCGAAGAGUGCUCGCUCUGGCAACAAAAAUUAAUUGCACUGCUGCAACGGCAAACUGAGAACAUGGUGAACCACGUUUAUCACUACAUCGCUGAGAAUUCGAAAAAAAUAUCGAGGGAACCGACGGACCUGAUCAGUAUGCAAUACUCAAUGCAGUUGUACGAGAGACUCACCGCCGAGAUUCCGAAAGAGGAGGAGGAAUUCCCGAAGAUCCACGAGCAACACCAGACCCUGGAGAAGUACGAGGUGACUCUGACGUUCGACUUCAGAAGGAAAUUGAACCACGUAAAGCCUUCGUGGGCCGCAUACUUAGAAUUGCUUGCUAAAUGCGAAGUCAUGCUGGCGGAGAAGAAGGAUGAGUUCAAGGGAAUUUUGUUGCAAGAUGCUCUGAUGUUCAAAGACGAAGUCACGGCCCUGGUGGGUAAAUUCGCCGACGUUGGUCCCUUCACGUCCGAUUGGACGGUGAAAGACGCCUUCAGCUGGAUAGACCUACUUCGAAGAGAGAUCCACACUCUGAAGAGCAGGGAGAGAAAACUGAAGUCGCAGCUGUUGACGUUUGGCAUCAACCAUCCGGACAACGUCGAGCUGAUACAGCUGGAAAAGGAUCUGACGGCCAUCGAGCUGGUGUGGCAAAUCACCGACGAGUGGUGCGAGGCUUGGGACAGAUACAGGACCGACAACUUUUGGGACAUCAAUAUGGAGGAAAUGGAGGAUACUGCGAACGUCCUGUUCAGGAAGUUGACCCGCCUCAGCAGAGAGCUUAGGGAGAAGAAUUGGGAGAUCCUCGAGUAUUCAAGGAUGCAAGUGGACAAGUUCAGACGCACUCUUCCGUUGAUCACCGACCUGAAGAACCCGGCGAUGAGGCCUCGACACUGGUCCAAGCUCAAAGAAACUAUCGGCCGGGACUUCGACGAGACGUCAGAGACAUUCACCCUGGAGCUAAUUGCCGAGAUGCAGCUGCAGAAUUUCGCAGAACAGAUCGGCGAGAUUUCGAACGCAGCCACGAUGGAACUGGCCAUCGAACUUGGUCUGAAACAAAUUCGCGAGGUUUGGAAAACCAUGCCAAUAGACAUGGUGCCUUACAAAGACAGAGGUAUGUACAAGCUGGUGUCCACAGAGGACAUAAUGCAAGUGCUGGACGAGCAGCAGGUCCAACUUUCAGCGAUGAAAACAACCAGGUUCGUCGAACCGUUCGCUGAUGAGGUCGAUUAUUGGGAACGAACGCUGUCUGCCGUGGGCGAGAUCCUCGAGAUGACUCUGGUGAUUCAACGGGGUUACAUCUACAUGGACAAUAUAUUCACCACGGAAGACAUCAGGAAGCAGCUGCCUAAGGAAACUCACAACUACGACAAGCUGACGAAUCAGUGGACCGAAAUCACGUCGCGGAUGGCGUCGCGAGCUUUGGCGCUGCCUGCCACGCACGAUCCGCCGGGGCUGCUCGAAGUUCUGAAUAAAAUCAACGAUAGCCUGGAGUUGAUGCAACGAGCCCUCGAACAGUACCUCGAAACCAAACGAAACGUCUUCCCGAGGUUCUACUUCAUCUCCAACGACGAUCUGCUGGAGAUCCUCGGGAACGCGAAGAAACCGGAAAUGAUACAACCUCACGUCAAGAAACUGUUCGAAAAUAUCAAGUCCCUGGCUUUUGGUAAAUCUCUUGCUGGGAAACAAUUGGCCUACGGAAUGGCUUCCAGCGAGGGGGAGACCGUCGACUUCACGCAACCGGUUGUCGUGGAGAAUCAAGUCGAAAAAUGGCUCUGUGACAUUGAAACCGCGAUGAGGACGAGCCUGCGCGACAUGUUGAGGCAGUGUCGGUUGGCGCUGCGAAAAAUGACCGCGAGACGCGACAGGUGGGUGAAAGAGUGGCCGAGCCAGCCAGGAAUUACGUCCACUCAGAUCCAGUGGACGGCCGACUGCACCCGCGCCCUGCUGCACUGCAGUCUGUUGGACUCGAGGAAACCGAUGAAGAAGCUCCGGAAGCGACAGAACCAGGCGCUGAGCAAGUACUCCGAGGCGAUCAGGGGCGAGCUGAGCCACCUGGAUCGGCUGAAGUUCAAAGCCAUCGUGGUGAUCGAGAUACACGCGAGGGACGUUAUCGAGAAGAUGUACAGAGCGAAUUGCAAAGACGUGUCUGCUUUCGAGUGGCUAUCGCAGCUACGAUUUUACUGGGACAAAGACAUCGACGACUGUAUCGUCUGGCAAACUAACACACAUUUCGUCUAUGGUUACGAGUACCUUGGGAAUACCGGACGUUUGGUGAUAACGCCGCUCACGGAUCGAUGUUACAUUACCCUGACCACCGCUCUCCACUUGUAUCGAGGAGGUAGUCCGAAGGGACCAGCGGGCACAGGGAAAACGGAAACCGUGAAAGAUCUUGGAAAAGCCUUGGGAUUCAACGUGAUCGUGCAGAACUGCUCCGAGGGACUCGAUUACAAAAGCAUGGGGCGGAUGUUCUCCGGCCUUGCUCAAACCGGCGCGUGGGGCUGCUUCGACGAAUUUAAUCGCAUAAAUAUCGAGGUGUUAUCGGUGGUGGCGCAACAGAUACUGUCGAUACUCACCGCCCUCUCGCAGAGGCUGAACAGAUUCGUAUUCGAGGGCUGUGAAAUACGGCUGGUGCACACCUGCGGUAUCUUCAUCACGAUGAAUCCCGGGUACGCGGGCCGCACCGAACUUCCCGAUAAUCUGAAAUCCAUGUUCAGGCCAAUCUCGAUGAUGGUGCCGGACAGCAGCAUGAUCGCCGAGAUCAAUUUGUUCGGGGAGGGAUUCGAGAACACGCGUGUCCUCGCUAGGAAGGUUUUCACGCUGUACAGUUUGGCCCAGCAACAACUCAGCAAACAAUAUCAUUAUGACUUCGGUCUGAGGGGUAUAGUGACGCUGACCAGGUACGCUGGCAGGAAGAAGAGACUCUAUCCGAAUUUGCCCGACGAGGAGGUUAUCAUCCUCGCUAUGAAGGAUAUGAACAUCGCCAAACUCACCUCGGACGACUUGCCGCUGUUCCUCGGCAUCACCAGCGAUCUAUUCCCGGACGUGGAGGUGCCUACGGUGGAUUACGAGGAAAUUAUCAGUUAUAUAACCAAGGAGGCGAUCAAAUUGAAGCUUCAGCCUAUUCCCUUGAUACUGACGAAAGUUAUCGAGCUGUACGAGACGAUGAGUUCGAGACACUCCACCAUGAUAGUGGGCGAGUCGAAUACGGCGAAAACGGUCACGUGGCGGAUCCUGCAGAACACUAUGACGAGCAUGAAGAACGACAAGAAACCGGGCUUCAACGUCGUCUAUGUUUAUCCGAUUAACCCAAAAGCGUUGGGCCUGGGCGAGCUUUACGGCGAGUACAAUCUUUCCACCGGCGAAUGGCACGACGGCGUCAUAUCCUCGAUCAUGCGGAAAACCUGUUCCGACGAUACCCCUGCCGAAAAAUGGAUCCUCUUUGACGGCCCCGUAGACGCUGAUUGGAUCGAGAACAUGAACAGCGUAAUGGACGAUAACAAGGUUUUAACGCUAAUAAACAACGACCGUAUCACGAUGCCCGAUCAAGUGUCCCUCCUCUUCGAGGUUCAGGACCUCGCCGUGGCCUCUCCAGCGACGGUAUCGCGAGCAGGUAUGGUGUACAACGAUUACAAAGACCUGGGCUGGACGCCGUACGUGGACUCCUGGUUGCAAAAGUAUCAGGCAAAACCGACAUUCAUGGAGGAGAUGAACUACCUGUUCGGGGAGUACGUGAACGAUACUUUGGAGUUCAAACGCAACAGAUGCGAAGAACUCGUCCCUGUGCCCGAGCUGAACGCCGUCCAAUCGUUGUGCAAGCUUCUGGAAGUAUUGGCCACCCCCGAAAAUGGGGUGGAAUUCACGGGAGACAAGGACGCGUUCGCCGUCAUCUGUAAAAUGUGGUUUUUUUUCUGCAUGAUAUGGUCGCUGUGUGGGUCGGUGAACGAGGAGGGUCGUUUCAGGGUGGACAAUUAUAUGCGAGAAAUCGAGAGCUCUUACCCGUUGCGCGACACCGUGUACGAGUACUUCGUGGAUCCCCGUAUUCGCUCGUUCGUCUCGUGGGAGGAGAGGCUGUCCCAGUCGUGGAAAAUUCAGCCAGGGACACCGUUCUACAAAAUAAUAGUGCCGACCGUGGACACCGUUCGAUACAAGUUCAUCAUCGGUUCUCUGUUGAGAAACGAAUUCCCUGUGCUGCUCGUGGGCCCCGUGGGCACCGGGAAAACGUCGAUGUUCCAUUCGGUGCUGGGCUCCCUGGACGAGGCUAAGUACAGUGUUCUGUCGCUGAACAUGUCCGCGCAGACGACCUCGAAAAACGUGCAGGACACAAUUGAAAGCAGACUCGAGAAACGGACGAAAGGGAUCUACAUUCCCGUGGGUAGUAAAACCAUGAUCGCCUUUAUGGACGACUUUAAUAUGCCCAUGAAGGAGACGUACGGAUCCCAGCCACCGUUGGAACUAAUUAGACAGAUGAUAGGAUACGGAUUCUGGUACGAUCGUCAGAAGCAGAUAAAGAAAUACAUACAAAGAGUGCACCUAAUGGCGGCGAUGGGUCCACCGGGGGGUGGUCGAAACGUAAUCACGGACAGACUUCUCACCAAAUUCAACGUCAUCAACAUGACGUUCCCCGUUGAGAAGCAGAUCGUGAGAAUAUACGGGACGAUGUUGAACCAACACUUGGCCGAAUUUCACGCGGAAGUCAAAGGAUUAUCUAAUGAAGUGACACUGUCCACCAUUAGUCUCUACAAUCACGUGAUCGGCACGAUGCUACCGACUCCGACGAAGAUACACUAUUUGUUCAAUUUACGAGACAUAUCUAAGGUCUUCCAAGGUCUGCUGCGUAGCCACGUAGAUUACCAGUACUCCAGCCCCACGUUCCUUCGUCUAUGGGUGCACGAGACGUUUCGCGUCUUCUGCGACCGACUGAUCGACGAGAAGGACAGACAGUGGUUUAUUGACGAGCUCGGCGAACAGCUUGGGAAACACUUCGAGCUGACCUUCCACAACAUUUGCCCCGAGAAGAGGUGCCCCGUAUUCGGUAGUUUCAUGAACGCGUGGGACAUCUACGAAGACCUAACCGACAUUGCUGCAGUCAGGACCUACAUAGAGGCACAAAUGGACGAGUACAACGCCUCCACAGGUGUUGUUCGGCUUGAUCUCAUCCUUUUUCGGGACGCGAUCGAGCACAUAUGUCGCAUCGUUCGCGUGAUAUCCCAGCCCCGCGGCAACAUGCUUCUGAUAGGAGUCGGCGGUAGCGGGAGGCAAUCGUUGUCGCGAAUCGCCAGUUACAUGUGCGAGUUGACCACCUUCCAAAUCGCGGUCACGAAGCAGUACCGAUUGCCAGAGUUCCGGGAGGACCUUAAGAUCCUGUACAAGAAGACCGGCGUGGAGAACAAACCGACCACGUUCCUCUUCAACGACACCCAGGUGGUCGAGGAGCAGUUUUUGGAGGUCGUUAACAAUAUACUCAGCACGGGAGAAGUGGCCAAUUUGUAUAAGAGCGACGAGAUGGAGGAAAUUAGAAAGCAGUUGAUGAAGGAGGCGACGCGGUCUGGACGCGUACCAACAACAGAGUCGAUCUAUUCGCUGUUGAUCGAGAGGGCGCGCGCCAAUAUGCAUCUGAUCCUGUGCAUGAGCCCGAUCGGGGACGCCUUCAGGAACAGAUUACGCCAGUACCCGGCCCUGAUCAACUGCACGACCAUCGAUUGGUUCCUGGAAUGGCCGAGGGAAGCACUCCUCGAAGUUGGCAACAAGUUCCUCAUGAAUCUCAAUCUGACGCUCACUAUCACCGGCGAAAAUAAAGUGGAGCCCCGACAAUCGGCGACAGCCGCCCCCCUGCCGCCCCUUCAGGACCGAAUGCGGGACGGAAUAGCGGGGACGUUUUCUCUGAUUCACGAGACGGUGUCACAGUUUUCGCGCAGAAUGGCCGCUGAGAUGAAGCGGUACAAUUACGUGACGCCAGUGAAUUUCCUUGAACUGGUUGCCGGCUAUAAAACGAUGCUGGCGGAGAAAAGGCAGGAUCUGGCGGACCAGGCGAACAAACUUCGCAGUGGACUUUCCAAGAUCGACGACACCCGGGUUAAAGUCAACGAAAUGGCCGCGGAGCUCGAAGUCACGCAGGAGCAGGUCCAUAAAUCUACCAGGGAAUGCGAAGAGUUCCUUGUAACGAUAGUGAAUCAGAGUCGCGACGCCGACGAGACGCAGAAAACUGUGGCGGCGAGGUCGCUACGGAUCGCGGAGGAACAAAAGGAGUGCAAGAAACUCGAGGAGCUAGCUCGCGCUGACCUCGCAACUGUCGAACCAGCUCUGAACGAGGCCAUGAAGGCCCUGGACGCGCUGAGCAAGAAGGACAUAUCCGAGAUAAGAUCCUUCACGCGACCUCCGCCGAAAGUGGAGAUGGUAAUGGAGGCGGUGAUGAUCCUGAAGACCUCGGAGCCGAGCUGGGCGGAGUCGAAGCGUCAACUCGCCGACGUGAACUUUCUCAACUCGCUACGGGACUUUGACAAAGACCACAUAUCCGAUAGAACGCUGAGAGCCAUCUCCAGGUACACGUCCAAUCCCGAAUUCGAGGCGGAAAAAGUCGGCCAGGUAUCGAUCGCCGCCAAGUCGCUCUGCAUAUGGGUCAUAGCCAUGGAGAAAUACGGGAAACUUUUCAGGAUCGUUGCCCCGAAGAGGGAAAAGCUGAACGCGGCGCUGGCCUCGCUCAAGCAGAAGGAAGACGCGCUGGCGGAGGCGAUGCAACAGUUACAAAAAUUGCACGAGAAGCUGGCGAAACUGCAGGAGAUGUACGACGCGAAGAUGAUGGAGAAAGAGGAUCUGAUUAAACUGGCGGAGCUACUGAAGCUGAAACUGGACCGCGCCGCGAUGCUGGUCGACGGUCUUUCCGGCGAACGAAUUCGAUGGGAGAACACGGUCGCAUCGCUGGCCACGUUCUUCGACUGGCUGCCAGGCGAUUGCCUAAUAUCCACCGCCUUUGUCUCCUAUUUGGGUCCAUUUGUGUCCAAUUACAGAGAGGAGCUGAUAACCAUCUGGAUGAAUGAGGUGGCGGAGAAAGAAAUUCCGACGUCGCCGAACCUGAACGUGAAGGAAUUCCUGGUCGAUCCGGCGGUGAUCAGGGAUUGGAACAUCCAGGGCUUGCCGUCCGACGACUUCAGCACCGAGAACGGAAUCAUCGUGACGAGGGGGGCCAGAUGGCCGCUGGUGAUCGAUCCGCAGUGUCAAGCAGUCAAGUGGAUCAAGAAUAUGGAGGCCAAGAACUCGUUGAGAGUGAUCGAUUUCGGGCAAGCAGACUUCAUGAGGGUCCUGGAGCACGCCCUGCAGUUCGGUAAACCGGUGCUGCUGGAGAACAUCGGCGAGGUGGUCGAUCCCGCGUUGAACCCCAUCCUCGAGAAGGCGUUCGUGAAACUGGGUAACCAGGUGAUGAUCAAGUUCAACGAAAAGAUGAUCACUUACAACAAUGCGUUCCGGUUGUUCAUCACGACGAAACUACCGAACCCCCAUUACGCCCCGGAGAUAUCCACUAAAACGACGUUAUGCAACUUCGCCAUUAAGGAACAGGGACUGGAGGACCAACUCUUGGGAAUCGUGGUCAGAAAAGAGAAGCCACAGCUCGAAGAGCAGAAGGACCAUCUGGUACUCACGAUCUCCACCAAUAAACGAACUCUCAAGGAAUUGGAGGACAAAAUUCUCUAUCUGCUGAACACGGCCGGUGAGAGCCUACUGGACGACCUGGACUUGCUGAGCGCCCUGCAAUCGUCGAAGGCUACGUCCACCUCGAUCGAGGAGUCCUUGGUGGUGUCUGUGGAAACGGAGAAGAAGAUAGAUCUCGCCAGGGAGGAGUACAGGCCGUGCGCCCAACGCGCCGCGAUCCUCUUCUUCGUCCUGAACGACAUGAGCCUCAUCGAUCCGAUGUACCAGUUUUCCCUGGACGCGUACAUCACCUUGUUUAUGCUGUCGAUCGAGAAGAGCCCGAAAAGUUUGAAACUCUCCGAGAGGAUCGAGAGCCUGAACGAGUACCACACUUACGCCCUGUACAAAAACACUUGUCGGGGUCUGUUCGAGCACCACAAGCUAUUGUUCUCCUUCAACAUGUGCAUCAAGAUAUUGGACGUGCAGGGUAAAGUCAUGCCCGGCGAGUACGCUUUCUUGCUACGCGGCGGAAUCGUUCUCGAUCGCGAGAGCCAACCGGACAAGCCGGUGGCCUGGCUGCCGGACGAAACUUGGGACAAUAUCACGGAACUGGACAAAUUGCCCGGAUUCCACGGAUUCAUAUCCUCGUUCGAGCAAUUCCCGCGGGAUUGGCAUAAUUGGUAUAUUCACACGGAGCCAGAAACUGUACCGCUGGUGGCCGAAUGGGACGCGAACUGCAACGUGUUCCAAAAAAUGCUGGUAAUACGCAGCUGCCGUCCGGACAGAAUUUCCUUCUGCAUCACGCACUUCAUCGUGCUGAAUCUCGGUCAAAAAUUCGUGGAGCCCCCGGUACUCGACCUGAAAGCCGUCCUCGACGAUUCCGUCGCGCAGACCCCACUCAUAUUUGUUCUCUCGCCUGGCGUGGAUCCUACGAGCACUUUGACGCAAUUAGUCAACAGCCAGGAAAUGACAAAUCAUUUUAUGACUCUCUCCCUCGGCCAAGGACAAUCGCCCAUCGCGACCAGAAUGAUAGAAGUCGGUGCCAAGGAGGGAGCGUGGGUGUUCCUCGCGAAUUGCCACUUGUCGCUGAGCUGGAUGCCGAAGCUGGAUAAAAUCGUGGAGACGUUAGGUUCCAGCCGCACUAUACACCCCCAAUUCAGAUUGUGGCUUAGCUCGAGCCCGACUCCCGAAUUCCCUAUAUCGAUCCUUCAGGCGGGGAUAAAGAUGACCACGGAACCGCCGAAAGGUCUGAAAGCAAACAUGAAGCGUCUUUACGGUUUAAUAACCGAGAGCCAAUUCGAGCUGUGCCAAGCGAAGGACAAGUACAAGAAGCUUCUGUUCGCUCUGGUAUUCUUCCACUCCAUUCUCCUGGAACGUAAAAAGUUCCAGCAAUUGGGUUGGAACGUCAUCUACAGCUUCAACGACUCCGACUUCGUGGUGUCCGAGAACCUGCUGCAGGUCUACCUAGACGAAUAUCCGAUCACCCCGUGGGAAUCCUUGAAAUAUCUGAUAGCAGGUGUUUGCUACGGCGGUCACGUGACCGACGACUGGGACCGCCGGUUGCUGAUGACGUACGUCCAACAAUAUUUCAACGAAGAGGCCCUGACCGUUCCCCAUUAUCGUUUAUCAUCGUUGCCUACCUAUUACAUACCGCGUGACGGCUCCUUGGAGUCCUAUCGCGAUUUCAUCGCCGUGUUGCCUCACAUCGACAAACCGGAAGCGUUUGGCCAACACCCAAACGCGGACAUCACUUGUCUGAUCAUGGAGACGAGGAACAUGUUCGAAACCCUGAUGGGCCUUCAGGUUCAGACGGUCACCAGCGAGGAGGCCAGCAAAGAGGACAAGGUUACCAAGUUGACGGCUGACAUACUGUCGAGGAUCCCCGGCAACAUCGAUUACGAGACGACGCAAGUGCUGAUUGGCCCGAAGAAGUCGCCGUUGGACGUGGUGUUGCUCCAGGAAAUCCAACGUUACAACGUGCUGCUGCAAAAAACACGCGACAGCUUGGUGGAACUGCAGCAAGCCAUUAAGGGCUUGAUCCUGAUGUCGCCGGACUUGGAGGAGAUCUUUACGUGCGUCUACGAAGGACGCGUCCCGUCGGUCUGGCUGACCGCAUACCCGUCCCUGAAGCUGCUCGGGGCUUGGACCAGGGAUUUGGUCAGCCGGGUGGAACACUUCAAUGAAUGGGCCGAAACUACUCAUCCGCCGUUGCUGUUCUGGCUGGCCGCGUAUACAUUCCCCACCGGUUUCCUCACCGCAGUAUUGCAGACGUCAGCGAGGCUCUGGAACGUCUCUAUCGAUUCUCUGUCUUGGGAGUUCACCGUUCUUACCUUCGACGAAUCGACCAUCAUCGAACAGCCCGCGGACGGCGUGUACAUACGCUCCGUCUUUCUGGAAGGCGCUGGCUGGGACAAGAAGAACAGCGUCCUCGUCGAGCCAGCCCCCAUGCAACUUGUUUGCGACAUGCCGGUGAUUCACUUCCGACCCACGGAGCAACUCAAAAAGAGAACAAAAGGACUCUACAACAGCCCCUGCUAUUAUUAUCCGCAAAGGAGCGGGGAUCAAGGACGGCCCUCUUUCGUUGUGGCGGUGGACCUGAACGCCGGCCCGGAAGGAUCUGAGUUUUGGGUGAAAAGGGGCACCGCUCUGCUGCUGAGUCUGGCGACUUAGACUAAUUGCGUCGUCCGUUACCCCGAGUUUGGUAACGCGACGGCUUUUCGCUUGCUUCCGUUCUCCCGUGUUCUCAGCGUUAAGUUUGUAAAAGUUAUUACGAUAUGUACAAUAGUUACGGUAAAAAAAAAU